AUGUCGCUGGGUUUUUUGACCGAGUCGGCGCUCGUGCCAUCCAAGGCAAAGGGGAUCAAAGUCGAUGCAAAGUCGCUCGUUGACCUUAAAGCAGUUGUCUUUCAGAAGGAUCAGGAGAGGAAACGCCGCUUGCAGGAUGCGCUAACAAUGGAGAACGAUGAUGACGACAAUUUUAUUGGUCACAAGGCUUUUCGUCUCGGGAAAUACGCGCAUUUGCGAGGUGGUAGUAAGCGCCACAAACAGUCGAAAGAGGACCGAGUAGGUCGAAAAUGUCAAAAUAGUGGAGUAGAGACACGAUGUCAACGCGAUGAAGAGGCUAAAGCUAGAGAAGUUCCCGACAAAGAUGAUGACGCAGCAUGGAAUAAAUUGUCAGUGGAGAUGCUGCGUAAGAAGGCUAAACUUUACGAAGAGUUGUCGAAUGGAAUAGGUAUCGAACGCAUGAACGGGGAGUGUUUGGUGGAUUUUGAAGCUAAGAAAGAUACAGGGAGUAGUGAAGCGACAACGAUGGUGGAGAUUCUGGACGAGUUUGGACGCACUAGAAGCGUUGCAAUGGACAGUGAGGAGUAUUUGACGCUUCAGGAUACUCAAAAGAAAUUUGAUAAGGAACAACUUAAUCCGAAAAACCUUUUGAAUGAAGGCCACAACCAAGAUGAGGAGGCUAAGUCGGAUGGCGGUAGCUUUGUUGUCUCACAAUGGGAGAAAUGUCUGAAAAGCACGGAGAAAGACCAUUUAAGGGAGGUGCAUGAGCAAGCGAAUCGAAUGCAGUUGCUGGCGCAAAGGACAACGGCAGGUGCAGUGGACAAGAAGACGAGAAAUCAACUGCGGCUGGAACGUCUUCGCAAACAACGAGAAGAGGUACCGACGUCAAGCGAAAGUGCUGCAUUGGCAAAUGCUGCUGUCGAUUAUGCAGCGUCUGAGCAAGCCACGGACUUUUUGAAACAGCUGUCAUCUUUGAUGUAG